AUGGUGUCAACCGAAGUCACAGACAGGGACAAUGUGCGUCCCACGACGCCGGCCCACGGCAAGAACUCCUUGCACGAGGUCGAGCGCACCACCUCGUACGAGAAGGCCGACGCCCAACGUCUCGAGAACGUCGACAACGAACUCUCAAAGUACAUUGGCGGCGACAUCACCGUCACCCGCGAGCGCAGCGAUGAGCUCCGCAAGAAGAUCGACCGUCGCAUCCUUCUCGUCAUGAUUGGCACCUACUUCCUCCAGGCCAUCGACAAAGGCACCAUGUCUUUCGCCUCUGUCAUGGGCCUGCAGAAGGAUACCAAGCUCGUCGGCCAGCAGUUCUCUUGGCUCACUACCUGUAUUUACAUCGCCAUCCUGUUCGUCGAGUACCCCCAAAACUACAUCAUCGCUCGUGCCCCCAUCGCCAAGUACCUCUCCUUCUCCAUCAUCGCCUGGGGUGCCACCCUCGCCUGCCACGCCGCCUGCACCAACUUCACCGGCCUCGUCGUCGUCCGUACCCUCCUCGGUAUCUUCGAGUCCGCCUGUCAACCUGCCUUCGUCAUCCUCUCCUCCAUGUGGUACCGCCGUGAGGAACAGGCCUCGCGUGUCACCUACUGGUACAUGAUGAACGGUGCCCAGCAGAUCGUCGGUGGUCUCCUGGCCUACUGCUUCACCCACAUUAAGACGGGUCCCCUCAAGUCCUGGCAGUGGCUUUUCCUGGUGUACGGUGUCAUCUCCGUCAUCUUCGGCAUCUUCGUCCUCUUCUGGAUGCCCGACUCCCCCAUGCGUGCCAAGUGCUUCACUGAAGAGGAGAAGCACGAGAUGGUCGCCCGUGUCCGUGACAACCAGACCGGUAUCCAGAACAAGACCUUCAAGCGCGAGCAGGCCAUCGAGGCCCUGAAGGACCCUCAAGUCUGGGGCUACGCCCUCAUCGCCCUCUGCACCACGCUGCCCACCUCUGGUCUCGGUGCUUUCGCCAACAUCAUCAUCAUGAGCUUCGGCUUCAACACCCUACAGGUUCAGCUUCUCGCCAUGGUCCUCGGUUUCUACAUCAUUUUCGUCCUUCUCGGCUCCGUCUGGUUGGUCAAGAAGACCGGCCAGAACCUCUAUGUCAUGCUUGGUUUUUGUGCUCCUUCCGUCGUCGGCACCGUCCUCCUCAUGACCCUCCCCAACAAGACCUUCUCGCAGCACGUCGGCCUGCUCAUCUGCUACUACAUCACGCUGUCCUUCUGGUCCGCCCAGACCCUUGCUCUGUCCCUCAUCUCGCGUAACAUCGCCGGCCAGACCAAGAAGCAAGUCGCAGUCGCCCUCAACUUCAUCAUCUGGGCCGCCGGUAACGCCAUCGGCCCUCAGGUCUUCCUCAGCUGGAACGCCCCCCGCUACUUCAUCGCCUUCGCCGUCCACCUCGGCUGCUACGCCCUGCUCAUCCUCAUCAUCAUCGGCCUGCGCAUCCACCUCACCCGCCAGAACAAGAAGAGAGACGAGAUGGCCGCCGCCGGCGUCGCCGAGGCUUCUCCCAACUACACCGCUCAUGCGUUCGAGGACAUGACGGACAAGGAGAACCUGUCGUUCCGCUACGUGUUUUAA